AUGGAAACGCCUCAUCGCAGGUCUUCUGUUUUCACAAUAGACUUGCCAAAUUUUUCCAUCGACAAAUCUCGCCAAUAUAAACAACCACAAUACCGUCCACUGUUCAUCAUCUACACAUUUUCCCCAAGGCUCAUCUUUUCCGCUUUUCAAGACGACAGUGGGGCUACCGGAACCAGAACCCGAUGGAACCGAAAUAAUGGCGUCGUUGCUGAAACACGUUUGAAGAAGAGGAAUAAAGAUAUGCCAUGGAACUACAUCUUGUCUACCUCAGCAUGGAUGGCAAAAUAGCAGUGUCAUUGUUGUUAUUUAUAAUAUUCGCAAACAUGACCAUUUUUUUUCAAAGAAAGCUUAAUGCUGAAGAAGAAAGCACAAUAAAAGUCGACAAUUGGAAUUGGAACGCAAAUGAAAGACGUAUUAUUGGAGUUUUCGAUAUGUAUAAUCUUAAAAUUUGAAUUGAAAAUGCUGAUUUUUUGGGAUUCUUUAAAAUCUUUAAAAUGAUUCAAAAAAUAAAUAGGAUAUGUAACCAAAAAUUUACAACGUCAAUUGAUUUUGUUUCCAAAAAAAAAAUGGAAUUUGAAAUUGAAACAUUGAACCAUUCAAUCGGAAGUAUAGGAAUUUUGUAUUUGAUAUAAUAUAUAAUUCGGAAGUAUAGGGAUUUUUGAAUUUGAAA